AUGUUUUCACCAUUCUAUACUCAUCUUAUUCUAAUAGUAUCGUGUGUAGUAUUUAUAUUUUCAUAUUUUUCUUAUAUUAAACGCAUCCAAACUUAUCAACAAUCAUUACAGUUAACUUCAAAAUUAUUAACUUCGACGUCUAAUGAUUUUCAAAAUCAAUUUUCAUCAAUUAAUCUUACAACUAAAUCUAUUACAGAUACUACAGAUGAAAAACUUCUUCGAGAAAAAAUCCUUGGUUCAAGUGACAUAAAUCAUUCAAUGUUGAGUCGUUUUAAAUUUAUUAAUCCACCAAAACCAGUUUGUAAUUAUCCAAAAUAUACACAACAAUUCAUGAUAAUUGUUGUUCUUUCACGUGGAAUUAAUUUUGAUUAUCGUCAAGUAAUUCGUGCGACAUGGGGUCGAAAUGGAAAAUAUAAAAACUAUAAUAUCUUUAUACAAACAAUAUUUUUUGUUGGAACAGAUGAUACUGUACAGUUAGCUGUACGAAACGAACAAGCAAUGUUUAAUGAUGUAGUUGAAAUGAAUAUACCAGAAAAUUAUCCAUUUGUCGCUCAUAAAGAAUUAGCAUCUUUACUAUGGACACGUUAUUAUUGUCCAUUAGCACGUAUUAUAUUUCGUGCUGAUGAUGAUAUAUUACUUGAUACAUUUUUAUUAUUAAAUUAUAUUCAACAUACAUUAAAUCUGGAUGCUAAAGAUGGUUUACAUGGUUGGUUUCGUUUUAAUAAUACAGUACAUCGGGCAGAUAAAUGGGCUGUUACUAAACUUGAAUAUCAACCAAAAAUAUAUCCACCGUAUACAUUUGGUAUAAGUUACCUUUUUUCAAAUGUAUCAUGUCAACGCUUAAUAAAUGCAGCUAAUCAUCCUAAUCAUCAAAUAAUACGUAUAGGCGAUGCGUAUAUAACAGGUAUUCUACGUGAUUUAGCAAAUAUACCAUUUUAUGAUUUUGAAAAUCUUCAAUAUGCGUAUACAUUUUAUACAGAAAUUCCAUGUGAUAAUUAUUUUGAAACUAAAUCUGAUUUAUUACUUUGUAUGUCAAAAUUACAUAUAGGACAACGUGGUGAUCCAUAUGAAUUUUAUGAUAUUUGGGAAAUUAUUUUAGCUAAACAUAAUAGAUCAAUGUUAAAUAUUUGA